ACAAUUCAAGGAAAGAAAAAGGAGAAGAAAGAACAAAAAGAUCCAAAUAUGGAAGAAGAAUGGCCCCCUUACCCUCCUUGUGCUAAUGGACAUUGUAGUUGUAAUACCCCAAAAUUUUGUGGGAAAGAAAUUGGAUAAGGAUCCAGCUAAUAUUUCUUCUUUUUCCCCUCAGCCAUUUACGUGUUUUGCUCUUUUUCUUCUUCCCCGUUGCAGCCACCCGAAAGCGCCCCCCAAGCCGCCGGCACCAGCCUUUGAGAAACCGGAAAGCUUCCGGAUCUGCCUUGCUCUGCUUCUUCACCACCGGCUGCUCCUGCCUUAUGGAGGCGAAUUGGCCUGGUUGCUGGCCGUGAGAUUCUUCUCCAAAUUCCCGCCAGCUCUUCCCCAACUGCAGCUCCGAUUUUGCUUGUUAAAUUCCGGUUCCUGAUCGUUUUGUCAAUUUAGCACUAAGGUCGAGUUUUCGGUUUUAUGCGAGUGAGGUAAGUAAAUUUAUGGUAAUGCCCGUACAGUUUUUAAAAGUAUGUUUUGACUUGUUUUUGAAGUGGUGGCGGGACUAAAUCCGUUUUAUACAAGUAUGACUGAUUUGAAGUGAAAUUUUUGUGUUUUUCAUUAAAUUGAGCAUGCCUACUUGAAAUUUAAUUGAUUGUCCUGAUGAUCUAAAAGUGAUUGGUAAAGUAUGAUUUUUUGUUAACUUUUGCCUAUUUUGUCUCUGAUAUGGUCAUGUUAUUCUUGUGCCCGCUGGUGGGAGGUUUAUAAAUGCUAGCACAUGUCGACAUAUUACUGAUAGAACCGGUUCAUUUCUAUUAUCCUGUUAGUGGGAUUAUACAGUAGUAAAUCGUGUCUGUCAGUGGGAGAUUUAUAAUACUGGCCAUGACCUAUAGAGGAGACGUUUAUUUCGUUCCCAUACUGUAUCCAUUUUCGUGAUUACAUUUGUUGGCAUGCUAUAAGUUUAAUUAAAGGCACUCCAUAUUUUACUUACUGAGUUUAUCUCAUGGUUUUUCCUUGCCCACCAUUUCAGGAAGCGAAACCGAGGAUUGGGAAACCACGGGAAGUGACGAGUUAGAAGGCUAGCCCUUUCAAGAUUGAUAUAGAUUUUAGAAAUAAAUCAUGAUCUUGUAAACUCGAUUUUAUUGGAGAUUUAUGAUAUUAGAGUAAAUUUUAAAGAUUUUA